CGGGAUGCCGUCGUUGUCCUGGGAUACCGGGAGACACCUUGUCCUGAGCGUCCUGUCUCUAUGGAAACAUCAACAUGGCGGCAGAGUGAGUUCUGAGAGUUGCUCCCAGGACCAGGGGAACGGCGCGAGUGGCCACCGAAGGUAUCUGUCCCGGAAGACCGCCUCCUUUGGGAAAUUGUGGCCGGGGGUCCCUUCCAUGUCCCUUAGAGAGCCCCGUGGGACUGAGACUACGGAGGCAAGACACACUCCGAAGAAACAAGUAGAGAGCAAAAGCCAGAUAAAAGUAAUACGUGUGCUUCAGUGACACUCACUGGGGGCUUCCUGAGAAAUGCAAAGGGUGGCCAUGGCAGGCAGGGCUGGGUGGGCCUCAUCCCUGAGUCCCUCUCCUGAAUGAUGAGUUUCUAGGCUCCUGGGCAGAGCGCUGGAUCUUGUACCCUGGCUUUUUGCUCAUGGUGCCACCUCGUACCUCCAUGCCACAGCUGGUGGCUAAUGCUCAUCCAGGCAGCCUCAAGCCCCCUGAUGAAGACGAGGGACAGCAGGGACUGCACCAUGAACUCCGGCUCCUGCCUGAGCACCAGCACAGUGGCCGUUCCCACCGUCACUGGCAGCAGUGUGGUGCUGAGUGCCUGCGGCAGCAACACCAGUGCCCACGCUGCCAGCUUGACGGACACUCGCAUGUGCUUCUCAAAAAAGCAAGACAAAGUGAAGAAGAGGGUCAUCUGGGGCAUUGAGGUGGCCGAGGUGCUGCAGUGGCAAGGCUGGACACUCGGGAAGGAGAUCACCAAGAGCCUGGCUCUGAAAAAUCUGUCCUUGAAAACCCAGAAGAUGACAUACAGGUCCCCCAAGACCAAGUUCUUCUUCACAGUCAUCCCCCAGCCCAUCUUGCUGAGCCCGGGCAUAACCUUCACACUCCCCAUUAUCUUCCGACCUCUGGAGGAGAAGGAGUACAUGGACCAGCUCUGGUUUGAGAAAGAAGAGGGAAUGUUCUGUGUGGACCUGAGGGCCACCCUGCCUUGCCACAGUCUGAUCUGCCCACCGUCCCUGCAGUUGCCCAUGUGUGCUGUGGGGGACACGGCCGAGGCCUGGUUCUGCCUGGAAAAUGUGGGGGACUUGCCCACCUUCUUCACCUGGGAGUUCUCCAGCCCAUUCCAUGUACUGCCCACCACGGGGCUGCUGGAGCCAGGCCAGGCUUCCUACAUCAAGGUGACCUUUCACCCCCUUUUGGCCAUCAUCUAUGAAGUUCAGGCCACAUGCUGGUAUGGAGAGGGCAGUAAGCAGAAGAGCAGCAUCCAGUUGCAGGCUGUGGCCAAAUGCGCCCAGCUGCUGGUGAGCAUAAAGCAGAAGCGACCAGAGGACCAGGAUGCUGAAGGCAUCCAGAAAGUGCUGCACUUUGGCACCGUCGCUGUGGGCCGCACCGCCGAGAGGCAGAUCAAGCUCUAUAACCCUUCAGUGGUGAGCGCCCCCUUCCGGAUCGAAGUAGCCCCAGACAUGCUGGUCAAAGAUCACACCUUCUCGUGCCCCACUACCAAUGGCAUUGUGCCUCCAGGAGGGGAGAAGUUAGUGUCGGUGUCCUUUCACCCCGAGACCUUGGACGUCAGAACUACUGACUACUUAUCCAUCAUGCCGUCUGGCUGUGCCUCCCAAACCCUGCUCAAAGUCGUUGGUUUCUGUAGAGGUCCUGAUGUGUCCCUGAAACAUCGCUGUGUCAACUUCAGCUGUGUCAACCUCGGGCAGACCUCAGAGCAGCCUCUGUGGAUUGAGAACAAGUCGGACUGCACAGCCUACUUCCAGUUUGCCAUUGACUGCCAAGAGAGUGUCUUCGGCAUCAGACCAGCCUUUGGGACCCUGGUGGGCAAGGCCCGCAUGACCCUGCACUGUACCUUCCAGCCCACUCACCCCAUCAUCUACUCUCGGCGAGUGGCCUGUCUCAUUCACCACCAGGACCCGCUGUUCCUGGACCUGAUUGGGACCUGCCACUCGGACAGCACCAAGCCAGCCAUCCUGAGGCCUCAGCACCUCGCUUGGUACCGCACACACCUGGCACGGGGCCUGACGUUCUACCCUCCUGACAUCCUGGGCAUCUUGCUGAGGGAGAAGAAGCUGGAGCAAGAUCAGAAUGGGGCCCUCAGGAUUCCCACUGAGGACCUGGCAGACGCGUCAGCCCUGAAGUAUCCUCUCAUUCCUCCCAUGACUGAGUACUUCUUCGAUGGUACCAGCGACAUAGCCAUCUUCCCCCCACCUGUCAGCAUAGAGCCCACUGACGUGGAUUUUGGUGCCUGCCCUGGGCCCAAGAACCCCUACCCUGUCCCCCUGUGCUUGAUGAACCACACCAAAGGCACAAUCACGGUGGUCUGGACGCAGAGGUCUGACUGCCCCUUCUGGGUGACCCCAGACACCUGUGACGUGCCUCCACUCAAGUCCAUGGCCAUGCGCCUGCACUUCCAUCCACCUUACCCCAACCGCCUGUAUGCUGUGGAGCUCGAGGCCUUCGCUGUUUAUAAGGUCCUGCGGAGCUACAAUAACAUCGAGGAGGACUGUACCGUGUGUCCCUCCUGGUGCCUGACCCUCCGGGCACGAGGCCACAGCUAUCGUGCUGCCCUGGAGCACCACAUCCCUCAAUAUUCCCUGCAGGCCCCCAAGCUCUUUCCUGCAGUGUCCCCCAACGAACCCUCCUACCGUAGCCUGCUGUUGAUCAACAAAGGCUCCAUGAUGUUGACCUUCAACUUGGCCCCCCAAAGCUGCUCAGACAUCUCCCUGCGUCCCAGCUCGGGCCUCGUGGCCCCCAGGGCCCACCAGAUCUUCCUCGUCUGUACCUACCCCAAGGGCAACUCCUGGAAGCAGCACGUUUUCUACUUGCAGUUCAAUUUUUGCCCCCGGUAUCUCAAGGAGGUAAGCAUGCAGAGCCGGGAGGAGCCUCUGCAGCUGAAGCUGGACACCUGUAAGCGCGUGUUCUUCAAGCCCACCUGGGUGGGCUGCUCCUCCACCAGCCUCUUCACUUUCCACAACCCCUCGCGUCUGCCCCUGGAGUUUGAAUGGAGGAUUUCCCAGCUGCACAGAAAGGUGCUGGCCGUCCAGCCUGCUCGGGGACUUAUCCAGCCCAGUGAGAGCCUUACGCUGACGUGGACCUUCAGCCCUCUGGAGGAGACCAAGUACCUGUUCCGAGUGGGGAUGUGGGUCUGGGAAGCCGGUCUGCCCCCAGACACCAAGCCCCCUACCACCACCCACUAUAUGCUCCGGCUGGUGGGUGUGGGCAUCACCAGCAGCCUCUCCGUGAAGGAAAAGGAGCUGGAUUUUGGGAACGUGCUGGUGAACAGCAAGCAGUCCAGGUUGCUGAUGCUUCUGAACGAUGGCAACUGCACUCUUUAUUAUCGCCUGUUCCUGGAGCAGUGCAGCCCUGAGGUCGUGGACGACGGCCCCCUUGCCUUGCAGCUGGACCGCACAGAGGGGAGCAUGCCACCCCGGUCCCAGGACACCGUCUGCUUGACUGCUUGUCCCCACCAGCGGUCCCAGUACUGCUGGAAGAUCAGCUACUCUCUCCUCUCCCACAGAGAUAACAAGGCUGGGAAGAGGCAGGAGCUGUGUCGCGUCUUCCUGAUGGCUGUGUACCCCUUACUCUCCAUCCUGGAUGUCUGCUCCAUGGGCAGCGCCAAGGGCAUCACCCGGAAACACCUGUGGCACCUCUUUUCCCUGGACAGGCUCAACAGUUACUUGGAGCGUGACCCCACCCCCUGGGAGCUCACCUACAAGGUGCCCACCCGGCACAGCACAAGCCAGAUCCCCACCAUCUUCACCCCUCUGAAGCUUGACUUCAAUUUUGGGGCAGCACCGAUAGAGGCCCUACCCUCAGUGGUGCUCUUGGCCCUGAAGAACAGCGGAGUGGUUCCCCUGGACUGGGCCUUCCUCUUUCCAAGUGACCAGCAGAUUGACGUGGAGCUGUGGGCACAGCAAGCAGAGUUUGACGCCACCGAGCUUCACCAAAUGCGUGUGCAGGACAACUGCAUAUUCUCCAUCAGCCCCAAGGCUGGGAGCCUGAGUCCUGGACAAGAGCAGGUGGUGGAACUCAAAUACAGGGGCUUUGCUCUCUUGCUGGUACCGGGGCUCCAUAACGCAGCCCAGAUUCAUCUCUUCCCUUCCAGCCACGUGUUCGUGGGCACCGAUCGCCUCCCGGUGCUCUUCAAAGUGUCCCAUGGCCGGGAGAUCCUGCUAAAUUUCAUAGGUGUGACAGUGAAGCUGGAGCAAAAGUACGUGCACUUCACCUCCACUAGCCACCAGUUCGUCCCUGUCCCCAUCGGCGACACACUGCCCCCAAGGCAGAUUUAUGAGCUGUAUAAUGGUGGCUCGGUGCCCGUGACAUACGAGAUCCAGACGAACAUCCUGUCGCAGGUUCAGGAAAAAAAUUUCAAUCACCCCAUCUUCAGCUGCCUCAACCCCCAAGGGGAGAUCCAGCCAGGCACAACUGCUCAGGUCUUGUGGAUCUUCUCACCUAUUGAGGCCAAGACCUACACUGUGGAUGUGCCCAUACACGUCCUGGGAUGGAACUCAGCCAUGAUCCGCUUCCAGGGAGUGGGCUAUGACCCCCAUGUCAUGGGAGACACAGCCCCAUUCCACAACAUCUCCUCUUGGCAUGACAACCCCAAGCAUACUAGGCUGAUGGUUCCUGGACAGAAUGUCUUCCUGUCCCAGUCCCAUAUCUCGCUGGGGAACAUUCCUGUGCAGACUAAGUGCAGCCGCCUGCUGUUCCUCAACAACAUCUCCAAGAACGAGCCAGUUGUCUUUGAGUGGCAGCUGAAGCCUCUAGACUUUGGGGAGGUGUCUGUGAGUCCCAUGACAGGGAAGGUGGCUCCUGAAGAAACAGUCCCAUUUGUGGUGACCUUGAAGACCUCAGUGCAUGCCAGCUUCUACAGCAUAGACCUGGUAUGCAAGGUAUACCGACAGAAACUCCUGAAUCAGUACCAUAAGGAACUACAGGAGUGGAAGGAUGAGGAAGUUCGACAGGAGGUGGAGUUCACCAUCACAGAUAGGAAAGGGAAGGGAGGAGCAUAUUGUAGAGCUUGUGCACCUAGGAGGAGGUACAGGACACUGCCCCCCAUCAAGAAUCAGCAGCCUCUCAACCGGCCUGUCAGCUGGAACCUUAAGAUCCCAAAGAAGAAGAUAUUCUGGCUCUGUCCCCAGCCACCCUUGCCAGACAUGCUGUGCUUGGGCCUCACGGCCCGUGCUCAUGCCACUGACUACUUCCUGGCCAACUUCUUCUCCGACUUUCCCCAGCACUUCCUGCACCGGGAGCUGCCAAAGAGGAAAUACCCCAAGGAGGAGUUGGAGGCUUCUGAGGGAGAAUCCCCAGACAAUUGGGCACCUGUCUCCAAGCAGGAGAAGCAGCUCCUGAUUGACUGUCUCACCGCCAUCAUCAGGGGUCUGCUAGAAGACAAGGUCUUCCAUGAGGCCGUGAACCAAAGCCUGGUGGAGAAGAUGCCUUACUUCUGCCAGUUCUGGAAUGAGCAGUCAGCCAAGUUCACGGCCCAGAACAACACCCUGCAGUUAGCACCAGUCCUGUCUCCAUCCGCCAGCAGCUGGGAGGGCAGCAGAGACAAGGAGUCUGAGGACGACAAACUGAGGCUGGAGAAGAAAAUGGGGGAAGCGGAGGAGAAGAGCGAAGAGGAAGAGGAGGAGCUGGAGGAGGAAGAGGAGGAAGAGGAGGAGAUGGAAGAGGAGGAGCAGGAGGAGGAGGAGCGGGGGGAGAAGGAAGAGAAGGUGCCCUGGAUGGGGACUGAGCCCACACUGCAGCCCACGGCCCAGGAGUCCCUGAAAUGUCAGUGGCAGCAGCAGCUGAAGGUCAUGGUGAAAGAGGAGCAAGAACAGGAUGAGAAGGAGACCACCAGCCGGCUCCCGGCGUUCGCCAACCUGCAGGAGGCGCUGCUGGAGAACAUGAUCCAGAACAUCCUGGUGGAGGCGAGCCGCGGGGAGGUGGUUCUCACCUCGCGGCCGCGCGUCAUCGCCCAGCCGCCGCUCAGCGUUUCCAGGAUUGAGACUCCCGACUUGCUUUCGGCGGCGCCCCUCGGGCUGCAGCAUGCCGAGGUGCCCUGCCUGGUGGCGCGGCCCCCUACCGACUCUUUGAGGAUGCCACAGUCCAGCCCCUCCGACUUGCUGCCCUCAGGGCCCCCCUCUCCACCGCCCCACCACUAAAGCAUCUA